UCCAUGUUCAUAGCAGCAUGAUUCACAACAGUCAAAAAGUAGAAGCAAACCUUGGAUGGAACAAGUCCACGGACAGGAAUGGAUAAACAGAAGGUUGUAUCGUACAAGGGAAUACUAUUCUGACACACGGUACAAGGUCGUAAAACAUGGAGGCUGGUUCAGUGGUUCGAGCCAUCUUUGACUUCUGCCCUAGUGUGUCCGAAGAACUACCGCUCUUCGUGGGAGAUGUCAUUGAGGUGUUGGCAGUGGUGGAUGAAUUUUGGCUUCUAGGAAAGAAAGAGGAUGUUACAGGGCAGUUCCCCAGCAGUUUUGUGGAAACUGUGACCAUUCCCAGUCUAAAAGCAGGAGAGAGGCUGUUUGUCUGUGUCUGUGAAUUUACAUCCCAAGAAUUGAACAGUCUUCCCCUCCAUCGAGGUGACCUAGUGAUUCUCGAUGGUGCCCCCACGGCCGGCUGGCUGCAGGGCCGAAGCUGCUGGGGUGCCCGGGGCUGCUUCCCGUCGUCGUGUGUUCGGGAGCUCUGCCUCUCCUCACAGAGUCGUUGCUGGUGCCCACAGAGCACCUCGCUCCAGAUUCCUGAGUACUCAAUGGGACAAGCGCGGGCGCUGAUGGGGCUUUCGGCCCAGCUGGACGAGGAGCUGGACUUCAGAGAAGGGGAUGUGAUUACCAUUAUUGGAGUUCCUGAGCCAGGCUGGUUUGAAGGGGAAUUAGAGGGUCGAAGAGGCAUUUUUCCCGAAGGUUUUGUAGAGCUUUUGGGGCCCCUGAGGACUGUGGAUGAGUUGGUAAGUUCUGGAAAUCACGACGACUGUGUUAUUAAUGGUGAAGAAGAGAUCCCUGCAGGAGAAGACGAGAGGGGGCCGGAAGAGGAUGAGGAGCAGCCGGGGACUUAUGGAAUUGCCCUCUACAGAUUCCAGGCCCUGGAGCCGAAUGAGUUGGAUUUUGAGGUAGGUGAUAAAAUCCGAAUUCUGGGAACGCUGGAAGAUGGGUGGCUAGAAGGAUCACUGAAGGGCAGGACAGGCAUCUUUCCUUACCGAUUUGUAAAGCUAUUUUCUAAAACAAGAGCAGAGGAGACCAUGGAUCCUCCACAGGAAAGCAGCCCUACUGAGAUCCCUGACCCUUCUUUGGGUUGUUCAGAGAACUCCUUGGUGGUGGAAGGAAGAAAACCCGAAUCUCCUGAGUAUAAAGCAGAGAAGUCCAACUGUGUUAUUUCUGAGACAUCUGCUUCUCCCCUGGAGCAUCUGACUUCUGAGUAUGAAGUAAACAAAAACUGUCAUCAGGAUGAAGGCCUCUCAGGGGGUGCCCCAAGAAGCCCAGGCCUGGGGCACGAACAGCCUCUUGCCAAAGACUCUUCUGCAGAGGAUCCUUCAGAGAUAGUCAAUGGGGUUUCUUCCCAACCUCAGGUACCUUUUCCUCCCAGACUGCAGAAACACCAGUAUUACUCUACAGCAGGAGGGGGCCACCGAAGCUCAGAGCAGUACGCUGGCCCUCUUCCCUUUGAAGCAAGGACUAAAGACAACUCCAGCCUACCUCCCAGAGGAAUGUCCUCUCCACCAAAAACCCUUCAGAAGCCAGUGCUGCCUCCUCACGGUGGCUCUUAUCUUCUAGGCCCUCGGGUAGUCACACCCAGCCAGUUGAGCUCUCUGCUCCAGGGCGUGGCAAGAUGUGCUAUAAAGCACCACAUGCCCAAAGCAAACGUCUCCAGCUUUUGUUCUGCACCAGAGGGAUCAGACAUGAGGCCUGGUCUGCAAGACAAGGUGUUUGCAGCCGAAGCCAUGGCACUUUUACACGGAGAAGGCAACACUGACCUGGAUUCGAAGUUGACACAACAGCUGAUAGAGUUUGAAAAGAGCUUGUCAGGGCCCGGCCUAGAACCAGAUAAAAUUUUGCGCCACUUUUCAAUCAUGGACUUUAACUCGGAGAAGGACAUUGUCCGAGGUUCCUCAAAGCUAACCAGCCAGCAGGAGCUUCCUGAGAGGAGGAAGGCCCUAAGGCCCCCGCCACCGCGUCCCUGUACUCCAGCAUCCGCUUCUCCCCACAUGCUUCUUGACCAGAACCUGAAACCUGAACCGCCCUUGACGAUGCGACCCUCUCGCCCCGCUCCCCUGCCUCCCUCGGCACAGCAUCGGGGGACUCCAGGAUCCCCCAGGCUCCUAACCUGUACCCGUCCGAGCUGUGAGACGCCGGAGAAGGAGGGCCCUGAGAGUGUGGACCAGACUUUGGACCAGACUUCCCAGUGUCCCUUAGUAUUGGUGAGGGUUCAGGAAAUGGAACAGGAUUUGGAUGUGGGUAGCAGGGCUCAAGAAGAGCUAAACUUAACGCUGGAGGAAAAGCAAGAUGAAUCAUUAAGGGAAGAGACCCUUGAGGAUCUUGAGUUCUAUGAGAGCAACAUUGAAAGUUUGAAUAUGGAACUCCAGCAACUCAGCGGUAUUUUUAUCUGCACCUUUCUGAUUUCUAACCUUAUUCCCCAGUUCCUGAAUAUGCUGGAUGAUUGGAUGGAAAAGAGAUUCAGGAAAUGGUCUUCAUGCUUCUCUGGCAUGCCCCACCCAGGCCCAUGGAAGGAGGAAGUAAAACGCGUGUCUUUAUGCACACCGAACAUGUGGGAGACCCAAGAAGUUAGAGAAGAAAGAGAAACGGAGAAGAAAGGGCACUGGGGCUCCAGCUGGGAGUAUGAAGACCACAGGAGUCUACAGAAGAGGGACCUCACAGGGCUGGAUCGACUUUACAGAGAAGGUGGCUUGGAUUCCAGACACUGGACCUUGGGGCAGAAUCGGCCCUAUAGAAAAAGACAUUGUGGAUACUGGGCUUUUGAGCAGAGUGAACCAAGCUACUCGGACCAUGAGGAAGAGGAAGAAAGUGGAAAGGACUGUAUGAACUACAGAAGUAUGGCUCAGGGUUGUGAUGGUUACAAGAACUCAGAAAAUGUGGGUUAUGGGAAUCCGAGCCCGGGGACUAAGGAUAACCGACUUACAGGCAGCUCAGAAGGCUGGAAAGCUGGAGGGUAUGGGGACAUGAAUGGCCACACGGAUGGUCAGAAUCUGAAUUUUGAUCCUGAGGACUCUAAAGAAACUGAAUCGUGCACUCGCCACAGUGGUUUGGAUGAUUCUGUGGGGAAUUGUGGUCAACCUGAAAAGUGGCACAUGGACUACAGGAAUUUUAAUUAUAAUCUUGAGGAUUGUAAAGAAGCUAAUUUUUAUUAUAGAAACCGCAACAAUUUAUGUCACGUUCCUGGGAAUUAUACUAAUGGUCAGUCUGUGGACUUCCCAGAUUUGGAUGGAGUCAGUGAAGGUAAAGAAUUUGUCAAAUACCAUGAAGGGGACAGAAAGGUUUGUGAAAAUGGUAAAAUCUGUCCCAACGCAAAGACUCAUGCCCUGGAUCAGAGUGACUUUGACACAGAACAUAAAGGCUACGAUACUGUAUUUGCCAACUGUGAGUAUAAAUUUCAGAAUUACAGAGGGACAGAUUCUGUCCAUCAGAUGAAGAAUUGGGAGGAUAAUGGCAUUGACAAAGCAGGAACCAUGGCGCUUGGGAGCAGGGGCAUCUUCCCGGAUAGUCCGCAGAGUCAGUGGAUGAGAGGGGGCCGGGGAGAAGAUCACUGUGGCAUUCUUCAGGGUCCUUCAUUAGGGAAGAAUACUUGGCAGUUUGAGGAAGACAAAAAAAGAAAUGGCCUGGAGACUUGGAAAAGGAAUAGUUGCUUCCGCCGCACGGCACCCAGCAGCCUGAGACGCUCAGAAUUUGUGCAAAACAGGAAGAAAACUCAAGUCCUCAAGUACCGAAAGGGUGAUGAAGACAGCCUCAUGGAGAAAAUUUCCAAACUGAACAUCCAUUCCAUCAUCAAGAAAUCCAACCGCGUUAGCAGUCACCUGAAGCACCUCACUGGCUUUGCUCCACAGAUCAAAGAUGAAGCAUUUGAAGAAACAGAAAAGAACUUCCGAAUGCAAGAAAGAUUGAUCAAAUCUUUUAUCCGGGACCUGUCUCUCUACCUUCAGCAUAUCCGGGAAUCGGCGUGUGUGAAAGUGGUGGCUGCUGUGAGCAUGUGGGAUGUGUGCAUGGAGAAGGGACACAGAGACUUGGAGCAGUUCGAGAAGGUGCAUCGCUACAUCAGUGACCAGCUCUUCACACAUUUCAAGGAGAGGACAGAGCGGCUUGUCAUCUCUCCCCUCAAUCAGCUGCUGAGCAUGUUCACAGGGCCCCACAAGCUGGUGCAGAAACGCUUCGAUAAGCUUCUGGACUUCUACAACUGCACGGAACGGGCAGAGAAGCUAAAGGACAAGAAGACUCUGGAGGAGCUGCAGUCGGCCCGGAACAACUACGAGGCCCUGAACGCGCAGCUGCUGGACGAGCUGCCCAAGUUCCAGCAGUUUGCCCAGGGGCUCUUCACUAACUGCGUACACGGCUACGCCGAGGCCCACUGUGACUUCGUGCGCCGGGCGCUGGAGCAGCUGAAGCCGCUGCUGUCGUCACUUAAAGUCGCCGGCAGAGAGGGGAACCUUACCACCGUCUUCCAUGAGGAGCACAGCAGGGUCCUGCAGCAGCUCCAGGUUUUCACCUUCUUCCCAGAGUCGCUUCCGGCUGCCAGGAAGCCGUUUGAGAGGAAGACCACCGACCGUCCGGCGGCCCGGAAGCCGCUGCUGGGGCUGCCAAGUUACAUGCUACAGUCGGAAGAACUCCGGGCCUCCCUUCUGGCAAGGUAUCCCCCUGAAAAACUCUUCCAAGCAGAACGGAACUUCAAUGCAGCUCAAGACUUAGAUGUCUCACUUCUGGAAGGUGACCUGGUGGGCGUAAUCAAAAAAAAGGACCCCAUGGGCAGUCAGAACCGCUGGCUGAUUGACAAUGGAGUCAGCACAGGCUUUGUGUACAGCUCCUUCCUGAAGCCCUACAAUGCCCGCCGCAGCCAGUCUGACGCCUUCCUUGGCAGCCACUCCUCCACCGAGUCGGAGCCCGGCGGCUCCUCUCCCGGGUUCCCACGGCGGAACUGCAGCAGCACCUUGACCUUCAAUCCCAGCAGCAUGGCUGUGUCCUUCAGCUCAGGGUCCUGUCAGAAACAGCCUCAAGAUGCCACUUCAUUGAAGGAACCGGACCAGGAAACUGCCAGUGCAUCCUUAAACUUGGGUUGUUCGGAGAGCAGUCCUUCCAGAUGCCCCACAGACCCAGAUUCCAGCUCCCAGCCCAGGUCAUGGGAUUUUCCGGAGGCAGCCAGAGACAUUCACCAGCCCGCCCCUGCCCUCAGGAGCUCCAGAAACUCGAGGCAUCCAGAAACGGUUGGUCACUCCCUACCAGGGCGAAAUGGGCAGGGAAAAGACCUCAUGAAAGGGUGCACAAGAACGACCCAGUGUCUGGAAGACAAAAAUGAAGAACCAGAAAGCAGGGAGGCAGAAGGCAACCAGGUCUAUUUUGCUGUCUAUACCUUCAAGGCACGGAACCCAAAUGAGCUGAGUGUGUUAGCCAAUCAGAGACUCAAGAUCCUGGAGUUUAAAGAUGUUACGGGAAAUACAGAGUGGUGGUUAGCCGAAGUUAAUGGGAAGAAGGGCUAUGUUCCAUCCAAUUAUAUCCGCAAAACUGAAUAUACCUGAGCCUAUUCCCUCUCCCGUUUAACCUUGCUGCCUUCACUUCCUUCUGCUGAAGGGUUCUGGUGGCCCUCCAAGAGGGCACCUGCUCCUGGGACACCGGCCCCGUCUGCAUUGUUUAACCAACCACGGCACAGCGCAGGGCACAGGAUGAGUCUUGUUUCCUGACAUUGGGUUGUCAACUUUGAUGCUCACUAGACUUUCUAGAAUUUUAAAUGGACCCUGGGGCUUGUGAAUGAUUCUGUGACCAUGAGAAGAAAGGCAAGUCUUGGGUCAGCCUUUGGAAAUGAGAAAUUUCCAAUGGGAAGACCAGUAUCGGAUAUAUGCUGGAAGCUGUGCUCCAGCAUGAGAAGAUGUUGGCGUGGGUUGUACCAUACUGAGUUUGGGGCAGUCCCAUGCUCCACGAAACUGACUUGGAUGAAGAGAAUUCUCUGGGAGCCCUUUUAGACUGCGCCUCUGCACGUGGCAAGAAGUUUGUUGAGAUUGUACCAAAUCUGGUGUUUCAACGCUUCAGUGUUUGGCACGCAUUCACACAUACACACCCACCCCUAAUUUCUAAAAGUCCCUAAAACACUAUCAUCUGUAAUCUUAUUUAUUUCAAAUACUGCAUUUCCAGAUCGGCUAGGCAAAAUUCAAUUGCGUUCUCUUUUUAAAAAGUGUUUAGGGUCUUUACUUCCCUUCAGUCUUUCUAUGAAUGGGUCUCUUCCCUUUGAGGUUUACAACCUUCUGCCCCUUCUAACAGUCACCUCUGCUUUAUUGAGUCCGUGUGUGAUGUCUUCUGGCCCUUCACCUGCAACCCAAUAACUGAUAGCUUUUCCUAGGAGAACAAGAUCAGAGCUCCAGCCACCCCAUGGAAAGAGCUCGCCCUACAGUAAGCUGAAACCAGUCUGGCCUGGUGGAAGAUGGGAUGCCUUUCUCCUUCAUCCACACUACUGUCCACAGAUGCAGAAAGCAUAAUGCUUGUGUAUUGUAUGAGUGAGAAGCAGUCCCAGAGGUAGCUUAUCCAAGACUUGGAAAUCAGCAUUUUCUGUUUUACCACUAACCUCCAUGCUUCAGGAACCGUAGUCUAAGCCAAACAAAUCCUAAAGUGCCUGAUCGUCCCUCCCUCUCGCCUCAGGAAGAUCUUCGCUAAUCCUUACACAAAGAAUCUCCCCCUGAAAAUUCUAUUUAAGCAGGGCUCUUAUUCUUAAGGUCUUCCCCAGAUAUGAAGCCUACCUUGGAAUAGAAAACUAUGAAUUUUGCCUUAAGAAAGGGAAUUAAGAACACCUUACAGCCCCUGCUCCUUCAAGUGCACCUUUGGUCUUAAAAUCCUGAUGAGCGGGGAGACACCUGUGGGACCCCUUAGCCCUGUGUGUCUGCGGGUUGGUCAAAAGGCAGCAACGCGAGUCUCCUGUGAACAGUGUUUAUAUUUAGAGAUGUUUAUAUUUAAGUAGUUAUUUUAUAAAUAAAGGCAUUUCUAAGGGC